CUAAAUGCAGGGCGUUUCCCUCUUGGGCUGACACUUGCCUCCUUGUCUGCAUCUAGCUGGGCACAGAGAAACAUCCAGACCCUGCAAAGGGUAGGUGAGACACUACAGCUCCACCUGCAGUGGACCUGAAGAUGGCCCUUCUUCCAACCAAUCAGGAUCUCAUUUCUACAGGAGUAAAGGAAUUUAACGUUCUGCUGAAUCAGCAGGUCUUCUCGGAGCCUGCCAUCCCCGCAGACGCCAUGGUGACUGUGGUGAAUGACUGGGUGGACUUGUACCUCAACUACUACAAGAAGAAGAUGGUGGGGGAGCAGGAAGAGCAGGACAAGGCUCUGCAGGAACUUCGCCGAGAGCUGAAUACUCUGUCUGCCAGUUUCCUGGACAAAUACAGGAACUUCCUCAAGUCCUUGUGAGCAACCCCAUCACCCAUGGCCUUUCCCCUGGCGGGGAGACCCAGGUUGCAUGUCUAAGAAACCCUUAAAUGCCGCUUCUGUGUUUGUCAAGUCCCCAGGCUUUGCUUUUUCAGGGUGUUAUGGCACCCUGACUCCUCAAUAAAGACCAGUCCUGGUUUUGAUGGUU